AAAGAUGUCAGCCCCCAUGGCAAAUCGUUUGCCAGCGAAAGAAACUCUAAAUUCCUUGCUAAAAGGACAUCUUAUAUUCUCAAUUAGUACAUUGAUGUUAUUGUUCUUUAGCAUAAACAAUGAAAGUCUGUUUAGUAUAGUUAAAUAUCGCUUUAUUGUCACAAAACUAUUUAUAUUGUUCAUUAGCAUAUUCAAUAUAAUUUUUUACAAUUUUAUGAAUAUCCAUGGAGGUACAUCUCAAAGGAAUGCAGGGAUACUAUCAAAAAUAAGAAUCAUUUUGAAGAAUGGAUCACUGUUAUUUUGUUCAUCAAUAUUUUUUCAUGUAAUAGCAGUUUUAUUUGGUGCACCAUUCUUAGAGUCCUCAGCAGAGACAUUUCACUUUGGUAUGACCAUGUCAGCUACAGUUGUAUUACCAGCUCUGUGUGUAAUGGGUACCAAUACAGUGCAAUGGAUCAGAAUAUUUGCACAAAACAGUCCAGAACUGGGAGCAGAGUCUAUUGUGUAUUUCUCCACCAUAUGUAGUAUAGUAGGAGCCUGGUUAGGAGCUUUCCCCAUACCACUGGACUGGGAUAGACCAUGGCAGGAAUGGCCAAUUACCUGUGUAGUGGGGACACUGUUUGGAUAUUGUACAGGUGUAAUUAUUGGUGCUGUUCACCUUUAUAUAAACUAUAACAGAAUCAAAAGGAUCAAAAUUACGUAAAACAUGUGACACUCUGAAUCUAUCAGUCUAUGAAAGUUGUUGGACCAAGGUUCCAAUGAAAGGAAAUGCAUUGUUCAGGUUCAUGGAGACAGAGCAGCAGACAUGCAUACAUUGCAGACUUCAGUCUAAAAACAACAACAAUAAUUUGUGUACUAAUAUAAUUUAUACGUGACAUGUAUUUUGUAAAUAAAAAAAUCAUAAAUGG